AUGAAAGCUAUUGUAGAAGAGUACCGGAUCCUUCUCAUCACCAUGUAUCCGUUCAUGUACCAAACACUCGAGGAUGAGCAAGCGGACGCAGCAAGUUCAUCCGACCACCAACGUACACAGUAUCAAGGUCAAACAGUCGACCUGAACCUCAACCUAUCACCACCACGAUCGGUGGGCCCGAACCCGGUCAAUUAUAUUCAGCCGACAUAUCCACUGCCUGGGCCGCAAUAUCAAUUUCCCAGACAAUAUCCAUACCCAGUUCCACCUCCUCAAUAUGGGUGUUGGCCUGGAACACCGAUGUAUUAUCCGCCACCAACCGGUUAUCCGCAAUUUAUGCCUGCGUACACGGCUCCAGCUUCCGCUCCCCCGAACUACCCGACCAUGCCGACCGAGCCGGAGCUUCAGCCCGCUCCCCGGGCUAGGCGCUCGGCUUGUUCGAGGUUGGGGUCACAGGGGGCUGAGGUCAUGGAGGAACCACGGCAGGCUCCACAUGUUCAGCCAGAAACACAAGCUCAGGUGGUCGAAGACCUUGAGACAGAAGCCAACCGGGCGAUGGCAUUCGAGCGGCUCCGAUCAGCAAUGCGAUAA